AUGGCUGACGCUACGACAACUCAAGCUCCGGCAACAACUCCAAAUGCUACGGUUUUCACGUUCGAAGAGCAGGCGACCGCCUCUGUUGCUCUCUAUUCAAUGUCGAUAUUCUGUAUUGUUGUUGGUGGAAUUCGAUCGGCGCAAUAUAUCUCGACACAGAUCAAAAAGCGACGAUUGAUAGAGGGAUCUGUUACACUUCGCGAAGCCAAGAAAUUCCCAAUCUCAGCUUCUUUUGUGCUUUUUUCUCUCUACAUCUUUUUCAAGCCGGCUCACGAACGUUUCAACUGGGUUGCUGCAGUUCUUCAAAAGAUCCGCGUUCCAGACGAGUAUGUUCAGAAGGUUAACGCUACAAUCAUUGCCUACACGGCAAAUUCAACCUCAACUGAUCCGGCUGUCCCAUUUUAUGAAAGAUUGAUCGCUAAAUUGCCGUUUAGUGUGCAAGAGUAUGCUGUCAUUCCCGAAUGUCUUCUGGGCUACGUCAACUGGGUUUCUGAGAAAAUUCCAGAUCUUGGGAAAGAUGAGGCUAUGAUUGUAAUUACGUUCUUGAUCUGCUUUGAAGGUCUGACUGCUCUCGCCAACCUCGUGAAACCAUUUGUCACUUGCUUCUUGAAGAAAUUUCCACUCAUUCCAUCAUUCUUUCGCUUCAAUACUCCCUAUUUGUUUUCUCUCAAGAAAGGUCUCAAAGAAAUGGAAGAAGGAGAUAUUUCGGAAGCAUCAAAGAAGGAUGUCGAUUACCUUUUCAAAAUGGAGAUUGAUUGCCAUGAUAUCAUUGCUCUGAUCAUCUGCUCGCCAGUUCUCAUUUCUCAUCUUACUAAGCGCCACUGGAUAACCAACAACUUGAUCGGAAUUGCUUUCUCAAUUUUGGGAAUUGAACGUCUUCAUCUCUCAAGCUUCAAGGCUGGGGCACUUCUUCUCGCCGGCCUUUUCAUUUAUGACGUCUUCUGGGUUUUCGCUACUGAUGUUAUGACUUCAGUUGCCAAAGGAAUCGACGCUCCAAUCCUCCUUCAGUUCCCACAGGAUAUUUAUAGAAAGGGUCCAUGGGAAGCUAACAAGUACAGUAUGCUCGGUCUUGGUGAUAUCGUUAUUCCGGGAAUAUUCUUAGCUCUAUUGAAAAGGUUUGAUCAACGAAUUGUUGAAACAACUGUAGAAGCUAAGAGCCAAAAGAAGCCAGCAAGAUUUUACUUCAGUAUCACAUGCGUCGCGUAUGCUCUAGGAUUGUUUAUUACCAUGCUUGUUAUGCACCAUUUCAAGGCUGCUCAACCAGCUUUGCUAUACCUUGUUCCAUGCUGUCUUAUCGUUCCGCUUAUUGUCGCAACAUUUAGAGGAGAACUCUCAUACUUAUGGAACUACGAUGAAGGAAUGUAUGUGAAAGACGAGACUAAAAAAGUUGAUUCAGCUAAGAAAAAUAAUUAG